UUAAUAUCAAUAUUCGGCGUUUAAACGUCCUUCGGUGCAUGAAACGUUCGUGUGUGCACCGCGAAGUGAAAUUAUGCCCAUUUGGUCAUCUAUUUGUGUGUAAAGAAACUGUUUUUGUGUCGUUUCGAGGACAUAUGCGGCUCAAUAUUCGAAUGGGAAUGUAGUUUGGUGUCAGAUUUCAUUCCGCUUUAAAGGCUAAAAUGACUGGCAGCAUUAGUGAAAACCAAGGAUGCCGCAAAAAGCCUAUAUCCCGUGUGAGGCGCGUCCUUCCUCAGAUCAUAGCAGUAACCGUCAAGAACGUACUACUAUUCGGUUUCGGAAUGACCUUAGGUUUCCCAACCAUCCUCAUUCCGAACCUGUCCGGCGAUAACCCGAAUGAAAAAAUAGCUCUGGACCAAGAGGCUUUAUCUUGGAUAGGAUCAGUGAAUCUUCUAUGCGUCCCUCUAGGCUGUUUUCUAUCAGGCGCUCUUACCCAACCUCUGGGCAGGAGAAGAGCCAUGCAGCUGGUAAACUUGCCAUUUGUAGCUGCCUGGUUGCUGUUCUUCUUUGCCACCGAGGUGUGGCAGAUAUUCCUGGCAUUAAGCUUGACUGGAAUGACUGGAGGUCUUUUAGAAGCUCCCACUCUCACGUAUCUAGCUGAAGUAACCACGCCUAACCUGCGAGGAGUACUGGCAUCCACGUCUACUGUCGCAGUCAUCGGCGGUAUCCUCACCGAGUUCCUCUUCGGUACGUUUUUUCAUUGGAGGACCGUCGCAUUAGUAAGCUGCGUCGUGCCAAUACUCUCUAUCGCAACCCUCUUCUUGGUACCGGAAAGUCCGCACUGGCUAGUAUCCAAGAACAAACUUGAAAGUGCACAGAAAAGUAUCGCCUGGCUCAGGGGUUUCCUUCCUGUCGAAGACGCGAAGCAGGAAUUCGACGAGUUGUGCGAACAUCUGAGAAAAACUUCGAAGAAAUCAACCCAGGGGAAGAAGAUAAUAAAGCUGAUCGAAAACGCAAGAUUAUACACCAAAAGCAGCUUCCUUUGGCCAUUUGCUCUUGUCACUUUGUCAUUCUUCCUGGGUCACUUUUGCGGUAUGACUACCCUCCAAACCUACGCCGUGACUAUAUUCGCGACCCUCAAAGCUCCUAUCGACAAAUACUACGCCACGAUAAUUUUGGGAGUAUCAGAAGCGCUCGGCUGCAUCUUCAGCUCUACGCUGGUGCAUUUUAUGGGCAAGAGGAAAAUGAACUUUUUCUCAUUGAUCGGGUGCGGAGUCUGUUUUGGGGUAGUAGGGACGUACGCGUUUUCGAUUGAUGUCAGAUAUUUGCAAAGUGCGAAGAUCACGGAUCCAGAAUCGUUGGAGACUAACAGUUGGAUGCCACUGACCUUCCUCGUCGGUUCAGCAUUUUUCAGCCAUACUGGAAUAAGAAUAUUGCCUUGGAUGCUUAUAGGCGAAGUCUAUUACAACGACAUCCGAGCUACAGCUUCCGGGUUCUCGGGAGCUGCCAGUUACAUGCUGGCCUUUAUUUCGAACAAAAUAUUCUUCUGGAUGGUGAACCAUUUCACGCUGCCGGGUACCUUUUGCUUCUACAGCGCAGUUAGUUUUAUAGGAUUUGUAUUGUUAUACUUUUUGCUUCCUGAAACGGAGAGGAAAAGCUUGCACGAAAUCGCCGAACAUUUUGGGGGCGGAUUCAGUCUGACAAGAAAAGUGGCCGAGACAAAUCGCGAGACACGAAAUGGUGGAACGGUAAAUGAAGGAUUUUAUGACGAAGAGGAUUCGCAAAAGGGCGAUAUUGUGAUAAAAUUAUGACAUUUUGUAUAUCUUAUUUAAUUGUAACGUAUUUUAAAUAUAAUUUGACUUCACAUUUCUGAUUUUGUCCAUUUUUCUUCUGAUAAAACCUUAAAAAUACAGUGAGAAUCUGAAAUAACUUAUUCUGUUCUAACAAUUUGAAUGUUUAUUUGAAUCAUAAAAUAGUGAG